UUAUACACUUAAAAAUGUAUCUUUUUGGAUGAAAAACAUUGUUUUUAAAAGAAGAAUCGAACAAAUCUUCUCCGUAAUACCCAUCGGUUGCGAUACGAGGUCUCGUCCAAAAUGGCUGUGGAGAAACAGUUAUGAAGAUGUGUCGAUCUACUCACCAAAUUCAUCUUUUGCAUGCUUCAAUUAAGCGGAGAGUCCUCUAACCGAGCUGGAGGACAUUUCUGGAAGGUGAGCGGAGGGCUGAGGAAGGAGAAGAGGAUUGUGGGCCAUCUUGGGAGAGAGGGACGCUGAAGAUUCUUUGGGAUCUUCAGCGACACCGUGUCAGACAUGAAAACCCAAGACUAUCGUCCCAGCCCUGUGAAAUCACAGACACAGAGUGAUGUGCGGCCCCAGUCCCAGAUGAAGGGUCUUCAGUUUCGCAGCAUUGCCCCCAAAGCCCCUGCAAUGGUUCCAUCAUCUGCAGUUCUGUCCUGCCAACCUCCCUCAGCCCUUCCAGAAGCAUCCACGGCUGUCAGCCCCAAAUCCAUCCUGGUCCCUGCCCAAAACUAUGCCCUCAUGCAGGUGGCUGGACAAGAGGGCACCUUCUCAUUGGUGGCCUUACCUCAGACACAACAGCAACAGCCAAUCCAGAAAAACCUUAAGCUGCCUAUUCCCAGAUACCAACCAGUGAGGAGCAAAAGCACUCCAGAAAAAGCCAGUAGCAAGACUCAGAGUCCAGCCAAAGUUUUAGCACCCACACGGACUCAGCCGUCUGCAGUAAAACUGGAGCAUAGUUCAGUCUCACCGUCUGAGCAGCUUGUUAUGAUUGAUGCUGCUGCUGCAUCGUCUGAAAUCUGUGUUUCACCCUUGCUUUCAAAUUCACAGACAGACCAAAAAGUUGAACAACAAAGCGUUGCAAGUUUACCUAACAAUUUGCACUUAUCUUCCGGAACCUCCAAAACUGCCCUUGUCACCCCCGUCAAUAAUAUCUCACCGGUCAAAACCCCAAUAGAUGUUCCGGUCUCUUCUGGCAGUGCCAUUACAGUGCUUUCUCCUACUAUCUUUAGCAAAGCUGUUCAGAUCAUUCCAUCUCCUCCCAAGGGCAAGUUGCCCAUUCUGCCCUAUGCCAAGGUGAAGAACUCCCUUCUGGCACCAGCCAGUCUUGCCAGUGCCCCGUUGUUAGAGCAGACUGCGAGUAGAGCCAAAAACAGACUAAAAAACCCUCUAGGUAGCCAAGCCAAGACCACAGACUGCAACAGCGAAAAACUCCAAGACCCCAACAACACCCAAUUCAAGAAACCUCCAGGCAAGAAGCGGGGAAGAAAGAGAAAAACCAUAGAGGAUGUUCUAGCCUUCGAAGCCAGAAAGAGGAGAUCUUUAUCAUUUUUCAGAAGGAGGGCACCUGAGAAACCUUCGGUUGGCGCGCAGAGUUCUGCCUCUCAAGAGAAGCUGCUUGACAUAUCAAAAAAGUAUCGAAGCAUACGUCCCAAACCAGUACUGGUAAUGGAAACCACUAUCCCACAACUCGUACCCCUUCCAUCCUUGUCAACAUCCGAAAAACACGAUCUAGGACAGCAGUUAUCUGGAAAUCCACUGGGUGCUCCUCAGUCUUCACAAGCUACUGAUCAACAUCCUGUGUUGGAGGGUGAAAGUGGUGGAGCGGCGGUUUACACAGGAAGCCGCUCGCUUCAUCGCUGUCCUACCUGCAACAGGUGUUUCCAAUUCAAGCACCACUUGCAGAGUCACAUGAACAGCCAUAGUAAUUUGCGGCCCUAUGUUUGCCCGGUAUGCAGGAAGGCCUAUGCUCACUCGGGCAGUCUGAGCACUCAUAUGAAACUGCACCAUGCUGAAAGCAGACCUAGGAAGAGCCUUUGCUGUGAAUUCUGUGAGAAGUCUUUCGGUUAUGUGGGUGUCUAUUUCAGCCAUUUGAGAGAGGUGCACAAAGUCAUACUUACGGUGGAGCCGUCCAUCAGUCAACACGAGGACGACAUGCCUACAGACAAGUCUUUAGAGGCAGACAAAUCGACCUCAGAACGCAUUGACCCAGUCGAGCUCCAGAUUAAAUGUGGGCGGUGCCAGGCUGUUACACCUACAUUUGCUGACAUGAAGCUACACUUGCUAUACGUGCAUGGGGAGGAGGUCCAGGUGCGACUGAGGGACGGGUCCAUGCGCGGUGGACGGGAGGCAGAGGAUGAGUUGGUCAAACAUGCAGCACAUUACUGGAGGCAGCUGAAUGAGAAACGUAACCUAGUGCACUGCGACACUUGUGACGAGGAACCCUUUUCCAAGUUUAAACCCCACCUCUACUCUCACCAUCAUGGUGCAAAAGACCGUCAAGAUAAGGAGGAAGUCGAAGAGACGGUUGGAAAGGAGAAACAAGCUUUAAGGGGUUUGAGUAAAUUCGUAACCCUGAGGGUGGGGACUCACUUUAACUGCAUCCUUUGCAGUAAGGUGUUUACUAAGAAACAGGACGUUAUGGAGCAUUGGAGAACACAGCACAACUGUGAAAACCCCUCCCUUCUGUGGGAUGUACUGGACUUCAAAGGGGAGAAUUUGUCUAUUGAUGGGCCAAAUUAACUGUAAGUGGGUAAUUUAUUAUUUGCUAUGUCAGCUGUGUGAUUCAUACAAAAUGUAGUGAUGUCAAUGUAAAUACAAUCCAUGUAUAGAUGUUUUUUAAGGUUUUCUUUUGCACUGCUUUUUUGACAUAAUCAUAAACGUUUUGUUAUGCUUGAAUUUUGUAAUGUUCAUUUUUUUGUGUUUUGAUGUUUUUAUGCAUAAAAAUUCAAAUCGCAGACAUUAUAGUGGUGCAGAGGUAAUAUAAAUGGCAGUAAAUGGAGCACCCAAGGAUAAUUUUUGGUAAGAUGUGGUUUGUUAGUUACUGUUAUGGCUGAGUAAAUCAAACUAGGCUUUCAAAAACACAUACCACUUAGACAAAAGUCAGGAUUUACAAUACAACGAAUGAAUAUGAAUAGAGUGUGAGUACACUGUCAAAAAAUGGUCCCUAGCUUUCACUGGGGCGGUUCACUUUGAAAAAGCACACAUUAGCACCUAAAGAGGUCAUAUUAGUACCUGAGAGGUACCAGGGUGUGCAUAUUAGUACCUCAACGGUACAUAUUUGUAGCAAAUAUACAUAUCUGUGAAAAUUUCCUAAUAUGUACCAUUUAGUUAAAGGGUACUUUCCCAGUGACAGCCUGCGACAAUUUUUUCUGGCGGUGUAUCAUGCUUAAAUAUAACAUGUUAAAUGCAAAAUAACAACAAAAAGACUUACUAUAUGCAUUUCACAACGUAAAUAAAUGCCGAAAAUGUCAUUUUUCAGUUCUGAACGGGCAGAUCCACUAAUAAAAAAUCUCAUUUCAAAAAUAUGCCUGAGAAAAUAGGUUUGGCGAAUCUUUUAACUCUUAGUUUUAGUAUGAAUGUGUGCGUUCGCAUGUGUCAUAUAUGUUUAGUGUUGUCUGUUUAAAUGGAAAUGUUACGGUAUAUAUUUUUAAUGCUUAAGGUAAAAUGUGUGAUUUGUUAUCAGUUAUCAGUCCAUUCAUGAAACAAUAAUAUGACAGGGUAGUUGAAUGUUUAAAAACCCUCCUAUUUGUUACAUUUGUAUACUUGUAUAGAUAGAAUAAAAUAUAUUAUAAAAAGAAGUAUAUGCACCUGUAUAUGGAAAAUAUAUAUUUACACAGAAGUCAUCUUGCGCUACUGGUUUUUCCUAAGUAAGUGUACUUUUGGUAAAAAGUAAUUAUUGAUUUUUAUUGACUGUUUUAUUUACAUCCUAAGGGGGUGGUUCCCAGACAGGGUUUAGAUUAAUCCAGGACUAGGUUUUAGUACUGUUAGGACAUUUGAGAAGUUUUUACAAACACUCCUUGCAAAAAAACAAUACUUGUGGUCAUCUUGUGACAAAACAAUGUCACUGAUAUGUGUUAAGAUAAGUCAGUAAAGGGUGUUUUUAAAUGAACGCAGCUAAAAUAUGCAUUUUAGUCUGGGACUAGGAUAAACCCUGUCUGGGUGGUUUCCAGGACAGGGAUUAAAAUAGUCCUAGACUAAAUUAAAUGUAAGAGCUGUCCAAACUGAAAACAACUUGCACUGACAUAUCAUUCAAAUACAUCAGUGCCCUUUAUUUUGCCUCAAAAUGCACACAGGUAUUUUUUUAGUAAGGCAUGUUUGUUAAAACUAGUUAUAUUUCCUAAUUAAACUAAGGCCUAGUCCUGGCUUAAGCUAAUUCUUGUUUGGGAAACCACCCCUACAUGUCUUAAGUAAACCUGCAGCUACACAUCAAUCAAAAGUUUGGACACACUUCACUGUUUCAUAAUCAAAAUACUUUCUGAUUUAAAGGCUUAUAUUUAAAUGCUUGACAAUUACAAUAGACCACUAUAAAAGUUGCAGCCCAGUCUCACGAAAUUUCGCUAUAUAGUCACGUAAUUUUUUGAUUCUUUUUUCAUGAUAUUAUCACGAAUUUCUGUGUUUUUUCGUGAUCGUAUAACGGAUUCCGGUUCUCGUGUGAUUAUCACGUAUUGAUAACUCAACUGUUUUGUCCUAUUUUUUUGCCAUUGUUGCUUCGGUUUAGGGUUAGAUUUACAUAAAAUGACAUCCCUACCCAAACCCAACUCUAACCCUAAGCAACAUAUAAAAAAAUAAAUCAGAAAAUAUAGUAUAAACCAAUAUAUAAAGUGACAUUCUAAUGCAAGCACCAAAUCUAACCCUAAACUGAAGCGACAAUGUUUUACAAAUAGGAAAAAGAAGGUGAGUAACCAAUAAGUGAUAAUCACACGAAAACAGGAAUUCGUUAUACAAUCACAAAAAAACGCGGAAAUUCGUGAUAAUAUCAGGAAAAAAAUCAAUAAAUAAAUUACGUGACUAUAUCACGAAACCUCUUGAGACUGUGUAGAAAAAUUGUGCCCAUGUCUAGAUUUCUUUAUGAAACUGUUAUUAGUUCAAUUAUAUUUUUAUUAUAUAUAGCCUUAAAAAAAUCUAAAAUAUAUGAUUGUUCUGUUUUGUUUAACAUUUUUAACAUUAUUAUUCACUACAGAAUUCCCAUACUUCAAAUUGUCAUAUCAAAAAUAGCAAGUGGAUCCUGAUGUGAGGCAAGAAAAUCCACAUCCAGGCACUCACAAAGGGUAAAAAAGCCUUUAUCAUAAUAUAGGACUACAUAUUGUACAACAACGCUAAUGCGUUUUAGCCCAAACAGGCCUUUGUCAAGGUGCACCUCACAUAAGGAUCCACGUACUAUUUUUUAAAUAUUUUGUCCCCCUUCUGGAGCACCCAUAGAUACCAGAUUUUUCUCAUUUGUGAUAAUGUUGAUGACUUAUUAUAAAAGGUAAAAACAGUGAUAGUAAAGAUAAAGUAUGUCUAAACUUUUGAGUUCUGUAAACCCUCAUCUGCUUGAACAGGUGCUGCGUAAAUGCAUAAACAUUAAAUUGUGUACUUAUGGCACAGAACAACCUGCACACCCUUAUGCAUCAUUUAAAUGUAUCUCUCUGGUUAAAUUCUGUCAGAUAAUCUUAAGGUAAUCAUUUUGAUUUUAACUCAAGUGCUGUUUGUCUUGUAACAAUUACCCCAUAUAAGUAUUAUGCAUUUUGUUUUUGGUGAAUUUUCCCUUAAGCCUGAUUUUCUUAAAAUAGAUCAAAAUGUUUUGUUUAUAAUGUGGUUUUAUUAAAAAGUGAUUGUUUUCAAAUCAUAAAAAAUAUACAGGCCUUAACGCAUUGUUUGUUGUUCUGAUUGUUUGACAUGAGAAAAUGUUUGCAUUUAAAGUUCAAGAUAAUCUGUUUAUUGCUGCUGUUAUAUUUAAAUGUACAUGUCUGUGGCUGUAACUAAACUAAGCCUCUGAUAGCAUCUGUACAAGAAACAAUGUCCCUAUACAUUAAUACUGGUGCCUAAAUAAAGCAAAGCAAAGAUCUAACUAAAAA